CAGGCGGGGUCUGCAUUACACGUUUGGGGGUAAAAUGGGACCUUUCAGAGGUAAACUUCAGUGCAUGCAGGGGAUGCAGACCCCGCUGCUCCAGGCUGGGGUGCGGGGGGGGUUACAGCUUACUGCCCGAACUCCUCCGCGGGGGCGGCGGUGCCGUCAGCGGAACCUUGGCUGCCGCGGUGCCCCGCCGCGCCGAGGAGCCCGCGCUUGGCGCCGCUGCGCUGCCCGGGGCCGCGUUUCCCGCCGCGCCCCGCCCCGCCCCGCCCCGGCUCGGAGCCGUCGGCGCUUGCGCAUGCGCGGGCCGUGGGUGCGGGCUCGGCGCGGCCAUGGCUCUGCGGCUGCUGCGCUGCGCGCCGAGGGCAGCGAAAUAGCUGGAGGGAACUUGCUGUGGCCUUGGAAACGUAUUGGUCAGUGCUCUGUGUAUGAGGAAACGCAGAGUCAUCACUGCUUUGCAGCUCUCAGAGGAGCACCAGCUCUAAGACAGGAGGAAGAUCUGAACCUGCUAAGCAGUCACUUAAGAAACCGAAGUUACCACUAGGUCGAUUUGAUGAACCGGAG